AUGUCUUCUUUUAAAGAAGUGAGGCACAUGGAGAUCUCUUUCGAUGACAUAGAAUUGGCAACCAACAAGUUUUCCGAAGAGAACGUUAUCGGGUCAGGUGGAUUUGGAAAAGUUUACCGUGGCGAGUCAGAACAGCAUGGCACGAUCGCCGUAAAAUGGUUGGAUCGUCAGUUUGGUCAAGGGGACACUGAAUUCAUGAUGGAGAUUUCAUUGCUUUCGGUUUAUAAACAUCCGAACAUUAUCUCUCUUGUCGGAUUUUGCGACAAAGAUCCCAAUAGGUUCCUUGUUUAUAAACAUGAAAAAAACGGGAGCCUUGACAAAUAUUUAAGAAGCAAAGAGCUAACAUGGAUGCAGCGUCUCCAGGUAUGCAUAGACGCUGCACGUGGGUUGAAAUAUCUUCAUAAUGAUGUUGGGCCCCAACAUCGAAUCCUUCACCGCGAUAUCAAGAGUGCAAACAUUUUGCUGGACGAAAACUGGAGAGCCAAAAUUGCGGAUUUUGGCUUGUCCAAAGUAGGUCCAGCAAAUGUGGAGUGUACUUUUAUGGUCACCGAUGCCGCGGGGACACAAGGAUAUCUUGAUCCAGAGAACUUGAAGACUGGGGUGCUCACAACAAAAACUGAUGUUUUCGCAUUUGGGGUUGUACUGUUCGAAGUCUUGAGUGCAAAGCCGGUACUUGUUUUCAAGCAGGGGGAAGAUCCUAAGUUUUUAUAUUUGUUGGCUAAAACGCACUACGAAACGGACACCUUAAAGAACAUUAUUCUUCCGGAUCUAAAAGAUCAAAUAGACACAGAGUCGUUACGCUCGUUUUCAAGCAUCGCAUAUAGAUGUUUGGGUACACCUGCAGAAGAUCGCCCAACCAUGAGUGAGAUUCUUGAAGAGCUAGAGGAGGCUAUGUACUAUCAACUUAAAUCAACUGAAGCUUGCGAUGUACCAGUUAACAGUUUUAUUAAUGAUGGAGACAAAAGUGCGGAAGUAGGACUCUCGUCGAGAUUAUCUUCUGCAUCAUCGUCUAAAUUGAGCUCCGCAUCUUCUUCCAUGUCGCCGAAUCACAAUGUUUAUAUAACUUUUGGAGGAGACGACAUCGUCAAGACUUUUAUAGAUACUUUAUGCUCAGCUUUUGAACAACAGGGGAUCCAUACUUGCAUAAACGAUCCAACACUCUCUGCGGAUGAACCGGUGGAUUCAUCCCUCUUGAAAGCUAUUGACAACUCUCAAGUUGCUAUAAUUGUUUUCUCCAAAGUCUUUUUGUCUCCGAGGUUUUUGGAUGACGUUGCAUACAUAAUGAAAUGCAUGGAAGAGAAAGGGAAAAUAGUUAAGCCAGUAUUCUACACCGUCGAACCCUCACAGUUUCGAGAAGAAAUAAGAAGUUUUGUUGCGCAAAUUUCCGAACUUGAGUUGGAGAAUGGUAGAGAAAGUGGAUCAUGGAAAAAGGCGUUGAUACGUGCAAGUAAACUUUCUGGAUGGGUACCCAAGUAUUUUGCCAAUUGGUUUGGUACUAAAUGCAUCAGCAGAAUUGUUGAUACAGUUUCACUUGGACUGCUUCCCGCCGUAGGUGCAACAAAUUUGCAUACAUAUUUGGUUGGAAUAGAAGCUCGCAUGAAACAUCUGAAAUCACUAAUGGAAAUUGGUUCGGGGGGGUGUUCGUAUGGUUGGAAUAUGGGGGAUUGGGGGUGGGGGAAAAAAAUGCUCAACCAUGUUUUGAAACCAAAACAAGUAAUAGUGAAGAGCAUUGAUGAUGGAAAACGCAUAGUUAAAAGUAGAUUAUGCAAUAUUAAAUUUCUUAUAGUGCUUGACGAUGUCGAUGACCUUCAGCAGCUUGAAGGUUUAGUGGGUUCACAAGAUUGGUUUGGUCAGGGAAGUCGAAUUAUAAUCACAACUAGAAAUGAAGAUGUGCUAAAGGCUCAUAAAGUAAGCGCAACGUAUACUGUUAGCCUCCUAAAUCAGAAGGAGGCUAUUGAGCUCUUUAGUCGGCAUGCAUUUGGACCACACAAAUAUGUAGAGUAUGAUCGGCUUAUACCAGAUGUGGUUUCUAUGGCUGAAGGGCUUCCAUUAGCACUUAAAAUUUGGGGUUCUCAUCUAUCCGGGCUAGAUAUGAGCGAGUGGAUGAUGAAAUUGGCUAACUCUAGUAUUCCACUUGAUGAAGUUAUAAAAAACCUCAGAAUUAGCUACGAUGGACUAAAAUUCGAGGAGAAAGAAUUAUUCCUUGAUAUUGCUUGUUUGAUUGCUUCCGGUUUGAGACAUACAAUGAAUAUGAUACUUGAUGCUUGUGAUUUGGAUUAUGUUAAGAUGGUAAAUGUGUUGAAACAAAAGGCUCUAGUUACUAGUUCUCACGAAAUGCUUUUUAUGCAUAAUUUGGUUAAAGAAAUGGGAAUAUACAUUAAUCAAGAGGAACACAAAAAUAGUCCUCAAAAACAAAGACGGUUCUGGCGGAAAGAAUAUUUGAUAAACAAAAGUGCCAUGGAUGCGCCGGAGGUUGAUGGAACAAUGAUGAACGUUAGAUGGAUUUCUUAUCCGGGUUACCCUGCAAGUUUGUUGCCAGCCCAAUUUAAACCAGCUGAGCUUCGCUGUCUCAUAUUAACAGGGAGCUUGCAAAAACAACUUUGGGAGGGUCCUAAGGAUCUACCACGUUUGAAAGUACUCAAUCUCGAUAAUUCAAAAUAUCUAACCAUCACUCCAGAUAUUGAAAAACUUCCAUGCCUUGAAAGAAUGACACUAAGGGGUUGUGAAAGUUUGGAAACGAUCCAUCCAUCGAUUGGGCGCCACGAGGGACUUGUUUUUGUAGACUUCCAUGAAUGUUCAAAGGUUAAAAUGUUCCCACCCAUCACCAGAAUGAAAAGACUGAAGACUCUUAUACUAACUAGGUGCUCCAGUCUUGGUAAGUUUCCUAAGAUCGAAAGAGACAUGGAUAGCUUGGAAAUACUCUGUUUAGAUGGCACCGGGAUUAAGGUUCUACCCUCAUCAGUUGGAAUACAUUGUACCAAGCUUGUUUAUAUAGAUUUGCGUUCGUGCCUUCAUCUUAAGAGUAUAGAAGGAAACUUUCGUGAAUUGAAAAGUUUAAAAGAGCUUCAUCUCAACGGUUGUCAACAACUUGGGAAAUUGGACGAAGACUUCUUUGAUGUGGAAAAUCGUUUAGAUGUGCUCUCUUUAAGUUUGCAUGACACGAAAGUUACAAACGUGCUGAGUGGCGUAGGGCUACGAUUUUCUCGUGUCUCCAUGAAGUUCCCUCACUUUCCACGUUUCUUAAAAAAGUUAAGUCUUAGAAACUGCAAUUUAAUAGAUGAAGACAUCCCCUUCUAUAUUUGCGAGAUGUCCAGCCUGAAGGUACUGGACAUAAGAGGAAAUAAUUUUUCACGAAUACAUUCUGCGAUCGCGCAACUUACUUGCCUUAAAUUCCUCGACGUGUCACAUUGUAAAAACCUGGUGAAAUUGCCAGUUUUGCCAUCAAGCAUAGCUAUCCUUGACGCAUCUUGUUGUGACUCGCUUGAGAUCGUUGAAGAUCUUUCAAAGAGCUGUAAAUGGCUGUGGAAAGUUUCACUUUGGAGGAAGAAGAAAUUGACUGGUGUAGAGAGAGUGAUACAUGCCAUGCUUCAGGGAAGCGCCACUCAAGACUACUAUUUGAGUCUCAUACUUGGAAAUUUUCAUAAUGAGAUAACUACUUUUCCUGGCUCGGAGACCUUUACAUUGCGGCUUCCAAUAAAUUGGGACACUGACUUCAGCGGGUUCUUAAUACGGUUUUGUAAUCACAAGGAAGCAGAGGAAGUGAUAUCUAUCAGAGAGGAGUUGCAUGUGGAAUCAGAAUGUAGUCUUCCCGAGUCUGAUCUAACUCCCAAGAUUUAUCCAAGGACAAAAGUGGCCUAUAUCUCCUUCAAUUCAUUGAGGAAUACCUCAUGGUGGAAUUCAGCAUACACUAAGCUUUCGUUUUCCUUGCGCUACCACGAUAAUAUUAAAGUAGAACUUAUUUCUAGUGAAAUUAACGAAGGUGAUCCGGUGGAAAAUGCUGAAGGUGCAACAGGUGGCUCAGAAUAUUGGGAUAAGGAAGUUGAAUCUUACCAGACAUUUAGCAUCAAGCGUGAUUCAAAGUCCUGUAUCGAGAUUUCCUGGAACCAUGAAAGCCGUGACGAAUGCUUCUGA